AUGGACAUGCCAUAUGCUGCUGGAACAUAUAACGGCGACCUAAAGCGAAUCAAAAACGGUUACCUUGCCGAGCGCGACUUUGGGUUCAGCGGCGCAAAGCUCACGACGACGUUGCUUAAUGGGCAUUCAGUUUCCAAAGUCGAUCCCACAACAACCCGUCGCCCUCGUUCCCGUCCCAACACAUCCAACACUCCAGAUAUGGCAACCGCAGUCCUCAUCGGCGCCGGUGUCGCUGCAGCGGCUAUCGUCGGCCGUGCUGCCCUCAAAGCGUCCGGCAAACUUGGCGGAACGUCCUUCCUUCGCGGUGGAUUCGAGCCCAAAAUGACUCGCCGGGAAGCAGCACAGAUCCUCGGAAUUAGAGAAACCGCCUCUAAAGAAAAGCUGAAGGAGGCCCACCGACGAAUUAUGCUGCUGAACCACCCGGAUCGAGGAGGCAGCCCGUACCUUGCGAGUAAAAUCAACGAAGCGAAAGACAUGAUCGAUAAACGAAGGUGA